UGCAGUCGCGUUAGUGGAGGAAACAAACUUGUUGAUGUUGAGUUGGCAGUUUGGCUUCAAUGCGAAUCCGACAAGCGAGGAUUUUCUCAAAAACUGCGCCUUUUAAGGAGGCAUAUUUAAUUUCCGCGAGGAAUAAACAUCCAGCCGACUGUUUAGCUGUUGUCCAGUUACCACACAGCGGCUUCAUAACGGUGCUCUGUGGGGGCGCCUCAACCUGGCGUGAGCAUCACUUUAACCACCUCUGAAUUUAUUUGUCUUCUUUUCCCUUUUAUCUCCAUUUUUAAGGCUACGACUGCUAAUGCAGCGGCUACCAUGACACUAAGGAGAGUAAAUGUUGUAAUCCUCAUACUGCUGGCUGUGGCCUUCCUAAUUAUAGUUCAGCGAAACCUCCUGAAACUAAGCGACUUCUUACACAAGGAAAACUCAGAUGCAGAGCAGAUUCUCCCUUUCGAGGCAGAACUGUCUCCGCAAGCCAGGCUAAAGACGGGGGCGAAAGGGGAGGAGAUAUCUGUUCUCAUCACUGCCGCAGAGGACAGGCUCGGUGGCGUGAUCGCUGCCAUCAACAGCGUCCAUCACAACAGCAAAGCUAAUGUGGCCUUCACCAUUGUGACCCCGAAUGACACAGUGGAUCAUCUAAAGGCCUGGAUGAGUAACACAAAGUUAAAAGAAGUCAAAUAUAAAAUAGUUAUUUUCCAACCAGAGCUUUUAAAUGGGAAGAUACCAAAAGAUACUUCAAUGCUGGAUGCUGCAAAACCAUUGACCUUCGCCAGGUUCUAUCUGCCUGUGUACAUACCGGAUGCAGAAAAGGCGAUCUAUCUAGACGACGACGUUGUUGUUCAAGGAGACAUUCAGGAGCUUUAUGAGACCAGCCUGAAACCAGGUCAUGCAGCUGCCUUCUCUGACGACUGUGACUCUGCUUCUGCUAAGGGCAUCGUUCGAGGGGCUGGAAAUCAGAUCAACUACAUGGGGUUCCUGGAUUUUAAAAAGGAAGCCAUUAAAAAGCUGGGGAUGAGGGCAAACACAUGCUCCUUUAACCCUGGGGUCAUUAUUGCAAACCUGACAGAGUGGAAGAACCAAAACAUCACCCAGCAGUUGGAGCACUGGAUGGAGCUCAACUCUCAAGUCGAUCUGUAUAGUAGUACACUUGCAGAAAGUCUUACCACGCCUCCACUUCUCAUUGUCUUUUAUAAACGACACUCCUCCAUCGACCCAAGGUGGCACCUGAGACACCUCGGAACUACAGGAGCUGGAAACCGCUACUCUGCACAGUAUGUGAGAGCUGCCAAGUUGCUGCAUUGGAAUGGACACUAUAAGCCCUGGAUGGGAACGUCCUCCUUCACAGAGGUGUGGGACCAGUGGUUCAUUCCUGAUCCCACAGGGAAGUUUCAUCCGGUACGAAGACAUGCAGACUGAGGAAAGACAGAAGAAAAAAAAAAUCCUCUUCUUGGACCUGCAGAGUUCCCUAUGGAGUAAAACGUGUCUCCUUUCACCUCAGGAACUAAGCUAAACCUUUUCCUUCGCCAGCAGUCUUAUUCGUCAUCCUAUGGAUUUAUGGACUUUUUCUUUCAUUGACUUUAAUAGCAGUUUGAAACUCAAAGGAUUUUGGGUUUCUCAGUCAUGAGACCAUAUUUGAAAAACAUGUUUUGUUCUUUUUGUUUGGAGAUCCCACAGAUGACUGUUAUGACUGUGUCCCGGGAGAUAGCAGUUUUAGGUAUUCAUUCAGUUGCUG